AAUGUCAGUAUUGGACUACUUAUGGUUUAAUAAAAGGGAUUUUGGAAUUCAAUAAAACAAAAAUGUAUGGUGUAUAGAAAUAAUAGAUAGUUCAUUGCAAAUAAUAAUGAUGUAAUUGAUACAUUAAUGAGAACAACAACUAAAUAGUAAAAAGAUAUUAAUGAAGAAAUAUUAUCAAAGUUUUCAUUUACAAUACUAUUAGAAGAUAUCUAUUCAAUAAAAAAUAGAGAUGAUUGGGUUUAAUUUUAUUUAUUUGGUAAAAGUGGUAUAGAAUUACCAGUUUUGGAUCAUGAAAAUAAACCAUCAGUUUUAUCAAUAACUUUAUUAUUAAAUUAAACAUGUCCUGAUGAUAUUAUUUAAUUAAUAAAAUAAUUAACAAAUAAUCAAGGAAUUAUAUCAAGAUUAUAAAGUGAUUAAAUAUAUCAUCUUAUGAAUUAUAUAUUAAGAUUGAAUCGUUAUUAAACAAAUAAAAAGACAUUCAGAAAAAUAUUACAUUAAUAUCAAAAUCAUUAAUAAAAAAAUAAUUAGAUGGAAUGUUUAUCUUAAAUUACAUAUUAUGAUAUCAUAUCUAUAUAAAAAUUAGAUAUUGAACAUAAAUAUGAUAUGUAUUAAAUAAGAUCAACUACUUUAAAUAAACCAAGUAGUAUUAUUUCAUAAUCACAUUUUGAAUAAUUAUAAAAUAAUUUACCAGAAAAUGUUAUAGAUAAUCCAUGGUACUAAGUAUUUAAGUAAAUUAUAUAUAUAUAUAUAUAGUCCUAAAUAUCAUGGUAAUUCAUUUUAAGAAUUUUUGAGAAGAACAAAAAAUCUUAAAGAACAUUUAUUAAUUUUGAAAGAUGAUUGGGAUGUAAUAUUUGGAGCAUAUUUAGAAGAAGGAUGGCAUAUAGAUAAGAAUUAUUAUGGAAAUGAAUAGAGUUUUUUAUUUAGUUUUAAAAAUAAUGGGUUUAGAAUUUAUAAGAAUAGUAAAAUGAAUGAAUGUUUUUAAUUUUGCAAUGAAAAUGGAUUUAUAAUAGGUGGUCCAGAUGAAGAAGAUCAAUUUUCUAUUAAGAUCAAUUAAAAUUUCUUGAAUGGAGAAUUAAAUAGUAGUUCAACAUUUAGUAAUGAACUGCUUUCGAAGCAAAAUUAAUUUAAAAUUCAAGAAUUUGAAAUUUGGGGAGUUCAAUAAAAUUGUGAAUUGAUCAUGAGACAAUUGAGAUUAGAGAGCUAUUUGAAGAUUGAAGAAUAAUGA